AUAAAGAGGGGUACGUCUCCAUGGUUACAACAUCCUGACCUGCAAACACACACUCACCUCGUUCAGACCGACAAACAUGCACCGGUCGUACCACAUGUUCAAACCCGUCACCAACCGAUACCUGCAGCAGCGAUGGGACCAGAGCGACUACGACCACCACCGCAGGAAGGUAAGCUCCGCCCUCCCUCUAGUGGCCACCAGGGGCACCAGGACACCAGCUCACAUCACACUCAAGCUGAAGAAGCUGCAGCUGCAGGACGAGCGUCUGUCCACCAUCGACAGAGACAACCGCCUCCUGUCCUCCAGACUGGCCGACAUCGUCUGCUCUAAAGGUCUCGUGGACCAUCACAACCAGUACCACCUGAGGAGUCUUAAUGCUGACAAGAGGAGGGAGGAGCUUCUGCUGGUUAGUCGCCAGAAUCAGGCCAUCUACCAGCGAAUCACGUCCCGCCAGUCGGAGUAUCGCCGCCAGCUGUGGUUGGACGACUGGGAGAGGGCGGCGUGCCGGCACCAAAACAUUUCCCAGUUCCCAAGAGGCCUCACAGAAAAACAGCAGAGGUCAAACAGAAAGGUCACGUUCACGGCCGUGCAGGACGGAGGACGAUCAGCGGGCUGCAGCAAGGCCGACGCCCAGGAGCCUGAGGGAGGAGCCUGAAAGACAAACAAACUUGAGCAGACACACACACACACACACACACACACAGACACACACACACACACACACACACACACACACACACACACACACACAUAUCUGCAUCAGAGCUUCACACCACGACCUUUCUGUUGAGUGAUGAUUUUAACGAGUUUAAUCCAAAAGUCAAAUCUUCUGAUUCAUUGAUCAUGAAACUGAACAGAGACGUCAUCACAUGUUUUAUCUUCACACUGAGCAGAUCAGCAUGAGGUGAAACAUGAGAGUACAGUGUUGUCCACUGGGGGGCAGUAAAGACAUGUCUCACUGAGGGGCGGCAGCAUUGACUCAUCGGAUGAUUAUUUCUUGUUUAAUUCAUUUCUCUUUUUUGAAUUAAUUGCUAAAUAAAAGAAAGGGAGGAAUCAUACAUUUUGUUUUCAGUAAAGUUGAUGUUUUCAAAUCGUUUACAAAUAUAUGAACAGAAAAGAAUCUUUGAUUAUCAAAAUAAAGUUUGGGUUUUAAUACGUUUGCAGAAAUGAUCAAAGGUGUGUUUUCACAUUCUCAUGGUGGAUUAUUAAAAGUAGAAAAAUUUGACUUUGUGAAGCUGCUGUAGUUGUUGAUUGAUUUUCCGAUCGAUUGGUUGAUAACAUCUGGAUUUGUUGCACAUUUGCAGGUUUAGUAUAAUAUUCAACAAAUAUAUUAAACAUUAGGUGAAGAAGCAGGAAACAAAGGAGGUUGGAAUGAGUUGUGGAGAUGGAGAACCAUUUCAAAGACGAAUCACGUUAUCCUGGACAAUGGAAAAUUAUAUUUGUAUAGUGACCCAUGACCCCUACCACCUUUUCAAGCUAAGUGCGCUAAGCUAGCAUUAAGUCUUUAUAAUUUCAAGAAUUAUCUAUUUGUGAAGAGUUUUUAACAGUUUGAUGAAAACCAGGAGACGACAUUUAUUAUGAGAAGCAAAGUGAAGACAGGGCGUUGGACACUACACAGUUUUAUUGAAGCUUUUUAGAUGAAAUGAAAGUUAUUUGUGUUCACAAUUAUUUUCCAUCAUCCAGUAGAACAGGAAAUGAAACUGUUCAGACUGUCUGUCCCCCAGUCCGUCCUCCAGUCCGUCCUCCAGUCCAUCCUCCAGUCUGUUCUCCAGUCCUUCCUCCAACCUGUCCUCCAGUCCGUCCUCCAGUCCGUCCUCCAGUCCAUCCUCCAGUCUGUUCUCCAGUCCUUCCUCCAGUCUGUCCUCCAGUCCGUCCUCAAGUCUGUCUGUCGGGACAGCAACAGGGUGUCUUGUUCCUUCAGUCUGUCCUCCAGUCUGUCCUCCAGUCUGUCUGUCCCUCAGCAGAUAUGUGGGACAGUAACAGGGUGUCUUGUUCCUUCAGUCUGUCCCUCGGGUUAAUUUAAUGGUUGAUGUCUGUUUCACUUUAACUGGAGUUCUUUGACUCAGAGUUUCCUCUUGUUAUUUCCAGCAGCGCUGAGAGAACGUGUUUUGAUGAUGUGUAA